GCUGUUUCGUGAUGGGCAAAGAUGAAGCGGACACUUGUUGAUAGAAGUCACACCUGAGUCUCAAAACGGGCAGGGAAUAUUUGUGUUUGUGUUAUCAACACUCCAAGAGUCUCUGUGAGAUGUGUUGAUUCCAAGUAGCAGGGAGGAUGUGGAACCCAUCACAUGUUCAGUUUACUGUUCUUAGAGCACGGAAUCUGAUCAGCAAAGGAAAAGGAGGUAACAAUGAUGUGUUUGUCACCAUACAGCUGGGAAAGGAGAAGUAUCAGACAUCCACCAUCAAGAACGCUCACAACCCAGAGUGGUUCGAGGAAUGUGAUCUUCCCAUCCCGCACAUGCACUCUGAGAUUGAGGUGAACAUCUACCACCGAGGGGUCCUGUCUGAUGACUUCCUGGGGUACGCCUCCAUCCCCAUGUGGGACCACAAGGUCGGAGAGAGGCCCAAGAGUCAAUGGGUGACGUUGAAGAACAAGCCAUCUAAGGGUCAGGACAACAAGUUGCGAGGGGAACUAGAGGUCAAGCUGACCUUUCACGUGGAGAGUCGGACGACCACGGGACCAGGACUUAAGAAACGGUCGUCUUCAAUACGGAACCUGGCCAAUGCCGUGGGUGACAAGUUAGGUCUGUCAAGAAGCAGAUCUUUUCGAGAAAACAGAAAAGACCCAGAAGGAAGCAAAUCUGAUCGUCGUCAAUGGCGACCAGGAACCGAUCCCCUUUUUGAGGAAAAUAAGGAGGCCAACUCUGCGUACCUGCGUCGGACGUCUAGCUCGCACCCUAACCUUCGCCAUGUCGGACAAUCACCCAGCAAUAAUUUCCCAGCGCUCGAUGUCGAGCGAUCUAGCUGGACACCUAACGAUCAGUCCGGGGAGUCGCUGUCUCGGAGCUACAGCAUGUCGGCAGCCUACAUCAAAUCCAUGUCCUUGGACCGUGGCAGCCGCAACAUCAACAACAACCACACCCACUCCCAGGAUUUUGUACAGGCCACAGACACCCCACCGGCAGCUCUGUACUUGCCGGGAAACAGAAGAAGCUGUGUGGAGUUCUCCCACUACACUCUCCCACCACCUCCGUACAACCCACAGCAAGUGUCCCAGGACGAUACAGCCAUAAUAAUGCAUGGCCCCAUGCGUACCCUUGCCCCUCGAACACAGCUGGGUUCUACCUCCUCGUACGUGGAAGCCAUCAAGAAACGCGAACGAUCGUUGUACGAGAGUAUUAAGGAACGAACUGAACCUGAGGAGUCGUCCUCGUCAGAUGAGGUCGAUGCUGGUUUGGCCCGAGCCAGACCACGGCGACUUUUUCUCCGGGACCUUAAUCGGGAAAACGAUGCGGAUGUGGAGAGUAUGAGUGAAGUGCCAGUGAAACAGGGGGUGAUGCAGAACGGGACUGGGGAAUCAGGGGAGACAACUUCGGGCCCUAGUGUAGGGAAUACUGGAGAUUCGGUUGCUGAAAAUGGUCACAGAGAUUCACGCCCGGAAGGGAUGCCUAAUGGGCAUACACGGCAGGAAUACGAUCAGCACCAUCCCUCUAAUAGCAGGAAAGUUGUGUCGGUCAGAGAUGACCUGUCCAAAACCGUGCAGUCUCUGAGGAGGGAGAAUAGUCAGGGGGAGGUUGCCCUCAGAAAGAAGUCCAAGAAAGACAGGAUCAGGAAACUCAAUAAACAAGGCCGGCGGUACACAGUGCAAGGCCUGGACUUCCGGCCCCCGGGGCUGUAUGAUGACAGCUUCUCCGACAUGAGCGACUCCACCAAACACAACACCCCCAACAUCGCCCACGAGGACCUCAUGGCCAUGUACAGAAACCUCACCAAAGACGAACUUGUCCAUAUAGUCAUCCAGAACAAAGCACAGAUGAUUCGUAAAGAUCGCUACAUCGGUGACCUUGAGAACUACAUCGAUGACCUUCUUGUCCGUGUGAUGGAGACCCAGCCACGACUGUUACACCGAGCACGCCCACCCCGACGUUAACUGCCAUGCUAACUGCCAUAUCAAACUAACACUGCUCUACCAUACGAUAUCAUGAACAUAGUAAUAUGGGAAGAAGAAUAUCUGUGUUUUGACACAGAGUUUGUUGUGAAUGUGAAGACACUAAUACAGUUUACGGGAUAUAAAUUUUAUGUAAGACUUUUUUAAAAUAUCAAAAAGGAUUGAUGCAUCAGCCAAUGAGUUAUGGUAUAAUCUGAGAUGUGGAACACCAAGGUGAAAACAGUUCCAUGAUGAACCGGUGCUCUGCGAUAUUAAUGUCUACUAUAUGAUACACAAUUUGCUUAACUCUGUAUUGGUGCAAACAAUUUCAUAAAUUGUUCCAGUUACCUGUAAAACGUUGCCAGGUUACCUUUAUUCUGUUACGUCAAAAUAAGAAUGUUAUUGUCAUGGGUACUCCUAAAUGGUGCAUUGUAACACAUAUAGUGUCGUGAAAAAUGUAUUGCAAUUCAUCUACCCUGUUUGGGUGUAUGUAUUUUCAUCACCAUCUUCCCGAGACUAGUGCCUUAACUGACUAUAAAAGUCCAGUUUCCACCCUUGCCGAACUUGGCUGGAAAUUCCAGGCUCAAUCAUAGUGCCACCAGUGGCUAUUACAAGUUUUGUCACUUCUGUGUCCCUCCUAUUGACCAAUCAGAUUCCAUCACUUGCAUUGUAUCAAACAAAAUGGUGGCACCCUGUCCAGGCAAUCUGUUGGAUAAUCAAGGUCUAUAUUGUGAAAAAAAGAGGCUUACCGUACGAAGUUUAAGAUUAAAAACAUGAAUUGAUUUGCAAAAUAUCUGUCAUCUCCCAGCACUCAGUAAACAUGCUUUGCAAAUCCUGCAGUCGACCAAAAUCUGCAUGUUGAAAUCCAUGUUGUUCACGAACCGGAUGUCUAGUUAAUUUCGAAAUUUUGAUUGGUCUAUGCAUUGACCCGUUAGUCCAACCAAACUGUAACUCCAGAAUUCCAGCCUAGUUCAGCAAGGGUGGAAACUGGACUAUUACAGUCAGUUAAUGCCCUUGCUUCAGGAAGAUGUCUCAUCACUGACUAUUCAGAACAUAUGUACACAGAGGGCAUGAAAACUAACCUCCAACUGUAUUUUGUGUCAGUGAUGCUCAUGUGUCAUUAGUCAUUCCGUUACAAGAAAAAAAUUCACAUUACCUGAAAAAAAGAAAGAAGGUGUCAUAAUAAUGACCAAUGUGUUAGUGCUCCAUUAGAAGUCUCCCUCACAUCCACAUGAGGAUAGGAUUGUUUAAAAGUUGGGUGUCCUGAGAUCCUUUGCUGCUCUGGUGUUUUAACCAAGAGACCCUAUGUUUUAACGUUUACUACUAGGGUGAUGACAAGUGUCCCUCAAUUUUGUCCUGGCGCAUUUGUGUUGCGAAUGAACCCUAUGUGGAUUCCAGAUAAAAAUUUGUCCCUAGAAACAUUUGCUGGUGAUUGACAUCAGGACCUCUGUUUUAAUAUCAAUCUUUGGUUUGUCUGUGUCCAGAGAAAUAGAUGGAAAAUUAAGUUAAUCUGUUGAAUACCAAAUAAGAAUAUCGACUGGCUCAUCAGCUAGCCAUGAACCAAGGGACAAGUGGAUGAGUCAGUCAGGACCCGUUAUUUCGAAGUACGUGUACAGGGAACAUCCUGUAACCUGCUGUAAACCAGUGCUGAACAAGUGAACCCAAUCUCGGGAUUUACUUUCAUAAACAUUCCAAGAGAACAAAUAUCACUUUUUAUGUUUUUAUGUGUUUUUUCUCAACGACCACAUCCCAGUAAGGAAGGAAGGCCAAUGCUCACAUUAAGUCAGACAUUAUAUAUAUCAUGCAUGAUACAUAUUUUUGUAUAUGUUUACGGUGUCCUGUGUUGUCCACAAGACCUAGGUCAUUGUGGCCUCUACAGCCCUGAGUGUCGUGUGUUGUCAACAAGACCGAGGUCAUUGUGGCCUCUACAGCCCUGAGUGUCGUGUGUUGUCAACAAGACCGAGGUCAUUGUGGCCUCUACAGCCCUGAGUGUCGUGUGUUGUCAACAAGACCGAGGUCAUUGUGGCCUCUACAGCCCUGAGUGUCCUGUGUUGUCAACAAGACUGAGGUCAUUUUGGCCUCUACAGCCCUGAGUGUCCUGUGUUGUCAACAAGACCGAGGUCAUUGUGACCUCUACAGCCCUGAGUGUCUUGUGUUGUCAACAAGACCGAGGUCAUUGUGACCUCUACAGCCCUGAGUGUCGUGUGUUGGUCAGUGCUAACUAGUGUGUUACAGUCUCACCCUCAGACUCAUGAUUCAGCAUUUUACAUUACAUGUGGAUAUGAAUUGAAUUUUAUUCAUCAAGCACUUUCUUUUUAAUUGCAUUUUUUAAUUACUUUUUUUUAAUUAGGUCGAUACAAAGUCUUAUGAUUCUGUUUGUUUUGUUUGGCCAAAAGCACAAUCUAAGGCCGUAGUUAACUUUUUUUUACCCCAACUUGAUUCAAAUAAACUGUUUUCUAUAAAAAAUCUAGGGGGGCAACUGCCCCCCCCCCCCCCCCCCCCCCCCCAGGCUGGCUAUGGCACUGCAAUGUAGUGUGAUUACAUUUUUAUUCUUUUUUCUUUGUGUGUGUAUGUGUUUUAGGGGAAGGGGGUGGCAAGAUAGCAUAAUAGCUUUAUAUUACUAUUGCACCUGGGGUUGGCACAUUAGAGUUACAUAUUGAAAACAAGCCAGAUCCUGUGGUCAAAAUUUAUUUAUUUUAUUAUUAUUAAAUUGGUUUUGGAAAGAAACAAAUCUGAAAAACAAGUAACUGCAAAAGAAGGCCUCAGUUAUGAAAUGAACUUUUGGAUAAUUGUUCACUGUUCGUAAGGAAUAUCCACACUCCAUGGCAAAUGGUGAUGGUGAGAAAAGCACAGGAGCUUGCUGCAUGUCGGGUGAUGGAAAACUACAGUAAAGCUUGGUUAUGUGGGUGUGUUGUCUGUACAUCAGGGAAGGGAAAAACACAUACCAAAUAAUACACCUGUGGUGCACAGUAUGUCGAAACUUAGAAACCUAGCUGAAAGGGCAAUGGAAUUAAAGAGGGGUUAUAGUCCAACUUACAGGCCUACAAGUAAUCUGACAGUUACUGAUGAACCCCCACAGAGACAGUGUUGCAGCCUCACACCUGCCACUAGAACUAAUCACAUUUUGCCAUAGGACUGUGGUGUGGUUGCUAAAUGUAUGGAUUGACUGAUGUAAUGGCUGGAGGUGGGAUGCUCUGUCAUAGCGGCCUGAGCUUUAUAUGUUUUGGCCAAGACAGAAAAAUAUUUUGUGACAUGUAGUUUUAUUACGACCAGGGUAACAAUAUAUGUUGACGUCAAAUAGACUAAAUUAGGCCAUGUUUUGGUUUUAUGGAAGAGUGAAGCAAGUCUUUUUUAUUUUUUUACCAAGAUGUAGUUUGUUGGGGUAAUAAUUUCACAUUCUCCCUGAGAUUGAUUCAUAGAUAGUUUAGAAGCUUCUACAGAUGAAGGGGGCACAGGUAGGGCUAGCUAUCUUAAGGCCUACAAUUUGCUGUGCAGAGUUAUGUCCCUUUGGUGUGCAAGAAUCCUGUGAUCAGGGGUUUCAGACCUAUAUUCACCUCGUUUAUGAUUAUUGGCUUCUUAACACGGUCGGGUAGCCUGUUAGUUAAAGCGUUCACUCAUCACGCCGAAGACCCGGGUUCGAUUCCCGACAUGGGUACAAUGUAUGAAGCUCAUUUCUGGUGUCCCCGGCUGUGAUAUUGCUGGAAUAUUGUUAAAAGCGGCGUAAAACCAUACUCACUUGCACCAAUGCUGUAAAUGGCCAAGACCAUCUGUUUGAGGUUUACGCUCAAACUUUGUUGACACACCACGAUAUAACCCAGAGUUGGAGUAUGUAUUCCUGAAUAUGUUGAAGUACCUAAAAUGUGCCUUCCAAAACAACAGAUGUUUUUUUAUCUGGUAAACAAUCAUGAUGCAUAAUCAGGACUUUGACAUUCCACAUGUAAGUGUGCCUUCCGUGAACAUUUAUUUUGCAAAUUGUCAUUUUUUGUGUGGAUUUAUGUACAGAUAUUAUUUUUGAUUUAUAUUUUGUGGUCAUUCGGCAAGAGCCAGUAACAUCAUACAAACCAAAGUCAGAUAUUUCUGUGAGCUAUUUGAAUGUCUGUGUAUUGUGUUGCUGUAAUGUCAAGGUCAAGGUCAAGGUCAUGGACUAUUGACCCAUAUAGAUAGAAAAUACUCAAGACUACCUUUUCAUUUACUGGUUGUAAAUAGUCAUCAGUUUCAAAUCACCCCAUUUGUGAAAACUGUGUGAUUUUCUUUCAUUCAUGGUGUCCAAUGUGAAUAGAUAUUUUUUGAGUGAAACAAUGUGAUUUCCUGUGAGGUUGAUACAGCAACUGAUAUCUGUGUAUUAGUCUUGCCAUGUUUAUAAGUUUGAUAGACAAGGAAUAUCUGAUCUCACAACAUCAUAAUGAGUGCCAUAUAGAUGUUUAGAUAGAACACCGGUUUUGAUAAUUUGUUCUUUAUUUCGUAGUCCAUACUCUCUACAAUUGUAAAGGAAUAGUCACUUAUUACGUACUGGUAUUCAAAAGCUCCUGUUCUUAAUCCCAAUGUAUGAGAUAAGCUAGUCCUAUUUAUAGCAAUACGUAUGGAGGUACCUACGCAUAAUAUACAGAUAUUUGCUGGAGAAAAUUCCAUGAUCCUUUUUCAUUAAGAACCAGUGUUAAGUAUACCUUUAUACAGUAAGUAAUGUAUAUUUUGGACAGGCUCGAUGUGUAACAUAUGCAUUUGAGAUUUUUAAUGAUCUGAUUUUUUAAUUUGUAUGUUUUGACUUGUUUCUGCUUUUACUUAUUUAUUCGUCCUCUGUGCAAUCUAUCACUUGUUUAUACGACACGUUCUCUGUAUAUAUUAGUGCAGGUCCAUACAAGUUGACACAGCCCUCUUCGUUGUAUGUGUGAUAUAUUAGUGCAGGUCCAUACAAGUUGACACAGCCCUCUUCGUUGUAUGUGUGAUAUAUUAGUGCAGGUCUACACAAGUGCUUCACAACAGACCUGGUCAAUCAAUAGAGCUGCAGUUAUCUUUUAAUGGUUGUGUUAUUAUUUGUGAAGAUGGAAAUUGUCAGCUUCCAGUUUCAUAUUAAGGGGUCCUUGAAGACAGUGUUUCUACCCAUGAUGCAGUGUUCAACAUGGUUACUGUUUCUUAUGUUCAUUAAUAACAAGUAAUGAUAUUUCUUAUAUAUAUUAGGGCUAAGUCUUAUAUAUUAGGGCUGAGGCAAGUCCAAAUUUACUACCCAGGGACCCGACCCCCUCUUACCCUACCCUACCCUACCCUACCCUACCCUACCCUACCCUACCCUACCCUACCCUACCC